AUGGCACGCUUCACAACCCCAGCCGACAUCCCCUCGACAGUGGAGAAAUGCGUAAUCACCGGCACGUUCAUAGACGCGCCUACGCCUAAGGCGCUGAGGGUCAGGGAGAACUGUGAAAUUGUUGUGGACGCGAGGAGCGGGAGGAUUGAGGCUAUCAGUGAUGUAGUAGGGGUGGUAGGAAAUAGAAAGAGUGACGAAAAGGAGAAAGCGGGGGCCGAAAAUAUCGUGAGGGUGGAUAUGGGAGCGACACAGUCAAUCAGAUACACCUUCCCCGAAGAAGCCACCUUCACAUCCAUUACCCAUGCCGAGCGAAUCUACACAGCUCUUGUACGCCGCCUUCUACGGAACGGCACAACUACAGCUCUCUAUUUUGGCUCUAACCACCUCCCUGCAACCCAGGUCCUUGCUGAUACCUGUGCUGGAUCCGGACAGCGUGCUUUUGUGGGUAAAACGUGUUCUGACCAGUUCCUACCAGAGUACUACGUAGAGACAGCGGAUUCCUCGUUGAAAGAUACGGAGAGUUUUAUAACUUACUGCAGAGAAAAGUGGCCAUCAGAGGCUGGAUUGGUGAAGCCAGUUGUUACGCCGCGCUUUGUCCCGACUUGCUCUGCCGAGCUCUUAGACGGGCUGGGUAGGCUAGCAGCAAAGUAUAAUUGUCAUGUGCAGACCCAUGCUUCGGAAUCAGUUGAUGAGGUCGCGUGGGUGGCGGAGCUGUAUCCGAGCGAAAAGCGCGAUAUUAAGAUCCUACAAAGAUUCGGCCUACUAACAGAUAAGACCGUCCUUGCCCAUUGCUGCCAUCUUUACGACGAGGAGGUGGGGGAGGUUGUAAGGGCGGGUGCAGCUAUUACCAGUUGCCCCUACUCAAACAUCCUCUUUGCACGUGCCACGGUGCCGAUACCGCACUUUAAGUCGCUGGGUCUAAAGAUCGGGAUGGGCUCUGACAUUGCGGGUGGCAUGUCUUCUUCCCUGUGGACCAAUAUGCGUCUUGCCACGCUUCAAGACCGGAUCGACUCUUUUUCUCCGCGCGGUGGUGAUAAGCCCGCGGGGAAGGAGAACUGGGUCGUGGACUAUAAAUAUGCUUUCCACGUUGCGACCGUUGGUGGCGCGGAGGCGCUGGGCAUUGGGAAGGAGGUGGGAUUGUUUGAGGUGGGGAUGAGGUGGGAUGCGCUGCUGGUUGACUACGGGUUGGAGGAUAUGGCAUUUGAGAACCUGGGUGAUGAUGGGGUGAGCGUGGUAGAUGUGAGAGAUGGGUUUGAGAGAUUCGUAAACUGUGGUGAUGAUAGGAAUAUUGUGGGGGUUUGGGUGGAUGGGAAGAUGGUAUGCGAGAGGAAGUGA